AUGACCAUGGUAAUCUCUCUCUUCAGCCAAGGCCCCUCCGUAACGCCUUUCGGUUUGUCCCUCUCUCCUUCCUCCCUCACACCCCACUCACCCCUUUCCCUCUGCUACUUCUGGUAUAGAAUCAGCCUCUCUGAAGGAGCUGUGAGCGUUGCAGACCCCCCUCCCUCUUCCACCCCCCCUGAUGCUGUGUCUUCCGCUGAUGGCGCUGCUGGUGCUUCUAACGAAGCCUCAUCCCUUUUCCUCCCCUCUCCUCCCUCGUUCACUUUCUUUCCUCUCAUCCCCUUUCCUCCCCUCAAUUCCCCUCUCCUCUCCUUUCCUCCCCUCAACUCCCCUCUCCUCCCCUCUCCUCCCCUCUCCUCCCCUCUCCUCCCAUUUCCGCCAAUCUCCACCCAUCUCCUCUCUCCUCCUCCCCUCCCUCCCAUCAGGCUCUGGCAGUUCCCGGUGCACAUAACGGGGUGGGCCUCGUCAACCCUCGCUAUUGUGAUGUUCGGCAGCAUCUUCGACGAGGAUCCGAAGCAGUGGAGGUUCGUCGCGGACCUAAUCGGCUCGUCCGGGGCAAUAUUCGAGCUCGCGACCCCCCUCGCGCCGACCCACUUCCUCCUCCUCGCAUCCCUCGGAAACCUCACAAAAGCAGUCGCGAAAGGGCUCAAAGACCCGUCGGCUAGGGUUAUCCAGACGCACUUUGCCCUGCAGGCGAAUGUGGGGGAGGUGGUGGCAAAGGAGGAGGUGUAUAAGGUGAUGGCGCAGCUGGUGGGGCUGGGGUGUGGCGUGCUGCUGCUCAGCUCGCCCUACAUUGCCGAGUCGUAUUGGAGCCUGGUCACCACGUGGGCUGUGAUUCGGUCAACUCACUUGGCGUUCCGGUUCAAGUCGCUCUCUGUGCUCGAGUUUGACUCUGUGAGUUGCGGUUGCGUGUCUGAAGGGGAACGGGGAGAGUCGUAUUGGAGCCUAGUCACCACGUGGGCUGUGAUUCGGUCAACUCAUUUGGCCUUCCGGUUCAAGUCGCUCUCUGUGCUCGAGUUUGACUCUGUGAGUUGCGGUUGCGUGUCUGAAGGGGAACGGGGAGAGUCGUAUUGGAGCCUGGUCACCACGUGGGCUGUGAUUCGCUCCACUCACCUCGCUUUUCGGUUCAAGUCGCUCUCCGUGUUCGAGUUUGACUCGGUGAGUAGCGUGUGUCCGGAAGGCAGAGCUGCCCUCUGUGCAACCAGUCAAUUGACAGGCGCGAGCGCCUUUGUUUUUCCCACCAGCCUCACCGACCGACCACUUUCUCCCCUCUACUUCCCCUCAGCUGAGCUUCAAGCGCACAGCCAUCCCUGCCAGAACGCAUAUCUCAGGAGCUGCAGAGCUGCCCUCCGUGCAAGCAGUCAACCGAAGGGAGCACUUCCGGCUUCCCCGCCGCCUCACGUCCAUUCCCAUCCUUCAACACUCCAUCUUCCCCCCUCUAACCUUCAGCUGAAUUUCAAGCGCAUGGCCAUCCUUGCCCGAGCGCACGUCUCAGGGGCAACAGAGCUGCCCUCUGUGCAGGCAGUGAACCAGAAGGAGCGCCUCUGGCUGCCUCGCCGACUGACAACUCCUCGCAUCAACCUCGGCUGCUCCCUUGCUGACUUGUCCGUCCUGCUUGAACAACAGUCAGCCAAUCGAAUGCCAAUCACGGAGCUCCUGGCACUGUAUCGAGACGAGCAGCAUGUGCUUCUAAUGGAUGAUACCGGUGCAUUUUCUGUCAUCUUCAAGCAAGGAGCAUCAAAGGGGACGGUUCUGAGGGUGGUGUGGCAGGCGUGCUGGCUGCAGCAGCAGAGGAGGGAGAGAAGAAGGGAGCAUGGGGCAGAUGGGGAGGAGGUCCACUCUGAUUUGGCUGACAGAAGCGGCGCCAGCAGAAGUGGUGGCGUUGGCAAUAGCAGCAGCAGCAGUGGUGGCAUUGGCAUUCUUCAAGAGUCUCUGAACGCGCUAGGCAGUGAGUUUGAGGGGUUUCUUGGCAAGGCAUCCACUGCUGGGUGGGACACCAACACUCUCGUGGCAAAGGUGCCGCCCUCCGCCCCUCUGCUCAUGCUGGAGUAUGAGGGGUUCCUCGCCCAGGAGACCGCUGCAGGGUGGGACACCAACACUCUCCUGGCAAAGGUGCCGCCCUCCGCCCCUCUGCUCAUGCUGUGA